CCUGGCAAAGAAAUAUGGCGGACUAAGUUUGAAUUUUCACAAGUCUAGCUGGAAAAUAUCGCUUUCUGGUGGAGUAAACUGAACGUUUUUGGAGCUCAGCGACUGCAGGGAGAAAGACAACAAAGAUGUUCAUCUAUCUGAGCAAAAAGAUUGCGAUCCCCAACAACACGAAGCUGCGAGCGCUGGCCUGGAACCGUGAGCAGGGUUACAUCGCAUGUGGAGGGGAGGACGGGCUACUCAAGGUCCUCAAACUGGAGACACAGUCCAGUAAGGAUGUAAAGAUGAAGGGUCUAGCUGCUCCCAGUAACCUGUCCAUGAACCAGACUCUGGAGGGACACAGUGGUGCUGUCCAGGUUUGCACGUGGAACGAACACUUUCAGAAGCUGACCACGAGUGACCAGUACGGCCUCAUCAUCGUCUGGAUGCUGUACAAAGGCCUGUGGUACGAGGAGAUGAUCAACAACAGGAACAAGUCUGUGGUACGCAGCAUGCAGUGGAACGCUGACGGACAGAAGAUCUGUAUCGUGUAUGAGGACGGUGCAGUGAUUGUAGGUUCUGUGGAUGGAAACAGGAUCUGGGGGAAGGAGCUGAAGGGCAUGCAGCUGUCUAACGUGGCUUGGUCCCCUGAUGGAAAAUCCCUAAUAUUUGGGAUGACCAAUGGAGAGAUUCAGAUCUUCGACAACCUGGGCAACUUCUGCAACAAGAUGGUUCUGUACUGCCUGACUAACGUGACUGGUGCCGUGCGGAUCGCGGGGAUGGAGUGGUACAACGGAACAGACGGCUUCGUGGAGCCGAACUGCCCCUGUCUGGCCAUCUGCUUCGACAACGGCAGGUGUCAGAUCAUGAGGCACGAGUACGAUGAAGCCCCAGUGCUAAUUGACACGGGUAUGCAGGUUGUCGGUAUAGCGUGGAACCACUGUGGAGCUGUCAUGGCGGUCGGCGGGUCCCAGAAGUCACAGCAGCAGGACCGCGACAUCAACGUGGUGCAGUUCUACACACCGUUUGGAGAGCACCUGCGAACGCUGAAGGUCCCAGGGAAGUCCAUGCAGUCAGUAUCGUGGGAGGGGGGCAGUCUGCGUAUCGCCCUGGCCGUGGACUCUUUCAUCUACUUUGCUAACAUCAGACCUGACUACAAGUGGGGUUACUGUUCCCACACUGUAGUGUACUCCUUCACCAAACCUGACAGGAUGGAGCACUGUGUCGUCUUCUGGGACACCAAGAACAACGAGCGUUUUGUGAAGUAUGUGAAGAACCUGAUGUCCAUCACAGCGUGUGGAGACUUCUGCUGCCUGUCCACGCGAGCGGACGACCAGAGCGGGCAGUACGUGCUGGUGCUCUGUAACUCCAUCGGCACACCGCUAGACUCCAAGUACAUCGACAUAGAGCCCCUGUACGUGACGAUGACGGCGUCCCACAUCAUCGCGGCCUCUAAGGAGGCGUUCUACACGUGGCAGUACACCAGCCCGAAAAAACUGGCCAUGAUGGACGUGGGACAGUACAGCGCUCAGAGGAAGGACGGCAGGGAGAAGCUGUUCCAUAUAGAUGACACCCCCACUGGAGCAGGGGAGGGGCUGACGGACUUCACCAAAGCUCUACAGCCCACCAGAGAUCUCAUUUGCUGUAUCACUGCAUCUGAGAAACUUCUAGUUGUGGCGCGUGAGUCAGGUACCCUGCAUCGUUACACCAUGCCUAACUUCGCCCUGGUGCACAAACACGUGCUGAACUGUCGUCCUCACCAGCUGGCUCUCAACUGUAACUCUUCGAGACUGGCUGUAGUGGACAUAGCAGGUGUGCUGACCUUCUUUGACCUUGACACGCGUGUGACGGACAGCACGGGGCAGGAGAUCCUCGGGGAACAUCUCAAGUUCGAGCGGAAGGACGUCUGGGACAUGAAGUGGGCCGAGGACAAUCCUGAGCUGUUUGCUAUGAUGGAGAAGACGAGGAUGUACAUUUUCCGUAACCUGGACCCAGAGGAGCCCAUCCUCAGCUCCGGAUACAUCUGUCACUUCGCAGACCUGGAGAUACGGUCUGUCCUGCUGGAUGAGAUCAUGAAGGAACCAGAACUGCCUAAUAAGGAGUACAUCAUCGAUAUGGAGAUCAAGUCCCUUAGAGACAGUCGUGACCUCCUGGAGAAGGUCGGCAUCGCGGAUGCUUCACAGUUCAUCGAGGAUAACCCUCAUCCCAGGCUGUGGCGGUUACUUGCCGAGGCAGCCCUGGAGAAGUUAGACCUGCCCACAGCUGAGCAGGCUUUUGUGAGGUGUAAGGACUACCAGGGCAUCGAGUUUGUCAAGAAACUGGGCAACUUACAGAGUGAAGCGAUGAAGAAUGCUGAAGUUGCUGCUUACUUUAAGAGGUUUGAGGAGGCUGAGAGAGUCUAUCUGGACAUUGACAGAAGGGACCUUGCUGUGAAUCUGCGGGUGAAGCUGGGAGACUGGUUCCGUGUGGUUCAGCUGCUGAAGACGGGAAGCGGAGGGGGGGAGGACCAGCUUCUGGAGCAGGCCUGGAACGCCAUCGGGGACUACUACGCUGACAGACAGAAAUGGCAGAACGCGGUGACGUACUAUGUCCAGGGUCGUAACCAGGAGCGACUAGCGGAGUGUUACUACAUGCUGGAGGACUACCCCGGGUUAGAGAGUCUGGUGCACUCCCUACCCGAGAACCACAAACUGCUGCCUGAGAUUGCGGCCAUGUUUGUGACUGUAGGCAUGUGUCAGCAGGCUGUAGCAGCUUACUGUAAGUGUAACAGGGUGAAGGCAGCUGUGGACUGUUGUGUCCAGCUCAACCAGUGGAACCAGGCUGUAGACCUGGCGAAGGCUCACAACAUGAAGGAGAUCGACUCCCUCCUGGCCAAGUACGCCUCCCACCUGCUGGAGAAGGACAAGAUCGUGAACGCCAUUGAGCUGUACAGGAAGGCUAACCACUUCUUAGACGCCGCCAAGCUGCUCUUCAAGAUCGCAGAAGAUGAGACAAAGAAGAAGACGAAGCCCCUGAGGAUUAAGAAGUUGUACGUCUUGGCUGCUCUGCUGGUGGAGAAGUACCAUGAACAGAUGAAACUCACCUCCAAGUCCAAGGCCAAGGGCAAGAGACAAGAGGCCAGCUCAGCCCUGGCCGGGUUACUAGAAGAGGAUGCGUCGACGAUGGACUCUAAAGUGAUCGACAACGCGUGGCGCGGCGCAGAGGCGUACCACUUCUACAUCCUGGCCCAGCGACAGCUGUACAACGGGUAUGUGGACGCCGCCAUGAAAACUGCGCUGCACCUGAGGGAAUAUGAGGACAUCAUUGAUCCUGUGGACAUCUACUCUCUACUCGCCCUGGCUGCCUGUGCCAACCGUGCCUUCGGCUCCUGUUCCAAGGCCUUCAUCAAACUGGAGUCUCUGGAAAACAUCAGUCAGGAUCAGAAGGAAACUUUCCUCGAGCUGGCUCUGGAGAUCUUCACCAAGCACAGUGCAAAAGACACGAGAACAGGGAAGGCAGAGUGUACCAGCUGUGAGAGCGUCAUUCCAGACUGGUGUUCAGUGUGCCCGAGCUGUGACCAGAAGUUCUCCACCUGUGUGGUGACGGGCCGCCCGCUGCUCGACUACCAGUUCUGGAUGUGCCAGACCUGCAAACACCGCGCCUACGAACAGGAGAUCGGCUCACGGGCAACCUGCCCGCUCUGCCACUCUGUCAUUGGCUGAUUCAAAGUGUAGGCUUCCUCUCAUUGGCUCAUUUGAUAUGCUAAUCCAUUGCUCAUUGGUUUGUCAUGGCAUGAUUGGUUGAUUCAAAAUGUAGGCUUUCUCUCAUUGACUCAUUUGAUAUGCCAAUCCAUUGCUGAUUGGUUUGGUCAUAUGCCAAUCCAUGAUUGGUCGAUUCAAACUGAAGGCCUCCUCUCAUUGGAUCAUUUGACAUU